AUGUGGUGGUAUUAUCGACCAGACGGAGCUUAUGAAAAAUGUCGUUGUUGCUGCUGUCAACAAGAGUUUCAUCCUAGCCAUAAACGUUUUCUGCCUUUUCCUCUCGCAGGACAAAAUCGAAAUCCAAACGAAGUUGGGAAUCGACUGUGCUUGUAUGAUGGAGGAGGAAAUUGUCCGAUGCUUUCUCUUGAACAUAUUGUUAUUUUUCAUGCCUAUGAUUCCAUGCCUCAAGCUCGAUAUGAACAAGGAAUCCAACAUACAUACUUUGGCUUUCAUAGAACGAGCCCAGCGUCUGCUGUAGGUAUCGCACAAGAAGGUUUUCGAAUCAGUACUACUGGUCGUCAAAUGUUGGGCUAUGGUGUUUACUUCGCUCGUUCAUUCAAAGGUACAGAGCGAAAAGCUCGCUAUUCCGGGGCAUUGAUAUGCGCUGAAAUUCAAAUGGGAAAUGUGUUACCUGUCACUUAUGAUACACUCGACAGUGUUAGCAACUCGAACUCAUGGCAUCAAAAUUUUGACACUGUAUAUUAUUAUCAUCAGGAAGAGGAUCGAGAUGAAUUUUGUGUAAAAGAUCCAGAACAAAUUUUAAAAUGGAUUAUUAUUAUGGAUGAUGAUAGAUUACGACGCUAUGGCCUUCAUACGGCAUUUGAAAAUACUUUUUGUGGAUGCAUAUAA